CGUCAAAUGGCACCAGUGCAUGUGAUUCCGUAGCCAUUCCGCCUCGAGCCGCUCAACUCAAGCCAGCAGUGCCCACAGCUCGCUGUCGGCGUCUCGUUGUUUUGGCUCGCUCCCAAUACUUCAAAGCCAUGUGCGAAAACGUCAUGGAGCAUGCCGAAAUGAAACGUAUUCCGUUCUCUGCGAUGUUCGACUUUAUGGUUUUGCAAGGAGGAGUCUUCGACGCGAUCAAGACGGACAUCAUCGAUCCGAUCAAAUCAAGCUGUUGCGGCAUCGAUGGCCCAAACGUUACCCAGGAGGCUGUCGAUGUGGAUGUCUACACUCCAGAUGGCGAGAAGACGAAGCUGCUGAGCAUGGCCAAGGCAGGUCGGCCCCUGGUGCUCUUCUUUGCAGGGUGCGUCACCUGACCCAUCGCCCGGGCGGCGAUGCCCUUGCUGGAAAAGUUACGGACUGAGCAUCCGCACGUUGAUUGUUUGUACGUAGGUAUCCGCGAGGUGCACCCACAGGAGAGGAACACCGCUACGGGAACUCUCGGCAAGUUCAACGGAAGAGAUGGAGUUGACGGCCCCGACGGUCUGUGGAACAUCCCCCAGCCGAAGUCCAUCGAGGAGCGUCUCGAAAGGAUGCAGUGGUGGUAUAGGGAGUACUCCAAGGUGUGCGAAGACCGCAACGAGCCCAAGAUGGAAGUCCCAUGGGUGCUGGACACCAUGGAGGACGAUGUCGACAAGGCCUACAACGUGUACCCCUUCAGAAUCUACGUCGUGCAGGACGGUAUCGUCUUGUAUCGGGGAGGGCAUGGGCCCUUCGCCCAGUCGAUCGCCAAGGUUCAGAGCGUCAUAGCCACCAACGCUUAGGGGGGCGCUCCCCGGGGUCCCCCCUGGGCGAGACCAGAUGGGAGCGCGCCGAGGUGCGCUGCUUCCCGCGCGAUCCCAUCGUCGGAAGAAGUAAACCAGGGGGAGUGCGAGGGGGACGGCUGCCCAUCAAAUCACCCUGGCGAAGAACCCAAUCCAUUGCUUAUGGGGUUAGGCAAAGGACCUGAGGACAGUCAAUCUCGCGCAAGAGGGGACGGUCGCGGGUAGCAUCGUCUGGUCCCACGGUUUUAGCAAUGCAUGACGAGUGCAGAAGAGGAAGUUCACCUUCAGCUGUUGCCCCGAAGAAUGGCCCAAUGGCCGAAGCGAGCCAGUGGCCUGACGGCGCGGCGCCACCGCGGACCCAGCACCUUCAGCCAUGGAUGACGACAGCAGGCGUGGAAGUUUCGCCCCCGCUAAUUGCUCUGACGAACGGCUGAAGCGAGCCCUUGGCCAGACGGUCCGGCACGCUGCUUUCCUGUUAAUUCGGAGUUGUCAGCCACAGUGCGAGGAUCAUCAUAGCAAUUUUGCUAUGUAGCGCUGGCGCCGAUUUCGUUUUUUUUUUUGUUUUAAAUUUUUUUCGUGUCGCCACCAUUCGUCACGGAUCAAGAAUUCCGAGACGGGUCCCGCAAUUGCCCACUACCCAUUUCUUCCAUCUGUCCUUCCCUUUUCAUGCCUGCUAUAUGGUCAGCGCGUACUGGUGCUCCUGGGGUGGGUCCCCUGGGGCGCCAGGGCACGCGUUGUGAGUAUGGCACGGUGGUUCCCCCGUUCACCAAAA